GAGGAGGCGAAGUUGUAGGCGAGUGUGUGUGUAAGACUUAAGACUGAGCAAAUGGUAAUGGUAAUGGAAAUGGAAAUGUUAAUGGAAGGAUCAGGAAUCAGUAUUUGAUACGUUGGUUGGUUGGCUGCUUGCUUGAACUCCACCGAAACUCUCCAUUGAUGCUCCUCCUCCAUUUGUAUAUCUACCCCAUGCAUUCUUCUCUAUUCUAAGGCAUGCACUGACACCGCAGCCAUCGAUUAAUCUGCAGUUUUGAUUUGAUUUGAUUUGAUUUGAUUCAGCGUCGCCGCGUAUUCGGUUUUCGUAAGGUAAUCAUGAAUGCUCUAGCGGCGACGAAUCGUAAUUUUCGGAAAGCGGCUCGCAUUCUCGGACUCGAUGCCAGGCUUGAAAAGAGCCUCUUGAUUCCUUUCAGAGAAAUUAAGGUGGAGUGCACAAUUCCAAAGGACGAUGGGACUCUGGCGUCGUACAUUGGAUUCAGAGUUCAACAUGAUAAUGCUCGUGGCCCCAUGAAAGGAGGCAUUAGAUUCCAUCCUGAGGUUGAUCCCGACGAGGUGAAUGCUCUGGCUCAACUAAUGACUUGGAAAACUGCAGUGGCCGAUAUUCCCUACGGCGGAGCCAAGGGUGGGAUAGGGUGCAAUCCGAGAGAUCUGAGCAAAAGCGAACUGGAGCGUCUUACUCGCGUAUUCACUCAAAAAAUUCACGAUCUUAUAGGAAUUAACGCUGAUGUUCCGGCGCCAGACAUGGGGACCAAUGCUCAGACAAUGGCUUGGAUUUUGGACGAGUACUCGAAAUUUCAUGGCUACUCUCCUGCCGUUGUUACUGGAAAACCGAUUGAUCUCGGUGGUUCGUUGGGAAGGGAGGCUGCAACAGGGCGCGGCGUUGUGUACGCUACAGAAGCAUUGCUAGCCGAACAUGGAAAGUCAAUAAAAGGUUUAACAUUUGCCAUUCAGGGGUUUGGGAACGUCGGAUCUUGGGCUGCAAGGCUUUUACAUGAACAAGGUGGGAAGGUCAUCGCCGUGAGCGAUAUAACUGGAGCUGUGAAGAAUCCAAACGGUAUUGAUAUUCCGGCAUUGCUUCAGCACAUAGAUGCCACAGGAAAACUUGCUGAUUUUAAUGGCGCGGACGCCAUGGAUGCUAAUGAACUGCUCACUCACAAAUGUGAUGUUCUAAUACCUUGUGCUUUAGGAGGAGUUCUCAACAGAGAAAAUGCUGGAGAUGUGAAGGCCAAGUAUAUCAUUGAAGCUGCGAACCAUCCUACUGACCCGGAAGCUGAUGAAAUUCUAUCGAAGAAAGGGGUUAUAAUCCUUCCGGACAUUUAUGCGAAUGCGGGAGGCGUCACUGUCAGCUACUUCGAGUGGGUUCAGAACAUUCAAGGAUUCUUGUGGGACGAAGAUAAGGUGAACGAAGAACUUAACAGAUACAUGACGAAAGCCUUCCACAACAUCAAGAACUUAUGCAAAACACACGACUGUGAUCUUCGUAUGGGUGCGUUUACAUUGGGUGUGAACCGUGUUGCACGUGCCACUGUGCUUCGAGGCUGGGAGGCUUAAAAUGAUCAUCUCUCCCGAAUAUUAAGCUUACCUAUGAAACACUACAUAUUUAUUUGUUACGCGUCUUCCUAAGGCAAUCUGUAAGUCAGUAGGGGCUUGUGGUUGGUUUGAAGUUUUCUUGCUUAGGAUUUGAAAGUUAUUAAGUGUGUUUGUUCCACUUGUCUGCUCAUUGAAUGAAUAUCUAUCUAUUCAUCUUC